AUGCCACAUCCAUCUGCAACCACGUAACUUACAUAUACGCCUAGCCUGCACAUACUUGAUACUCAUUCCAGUCUGUCCCCAACAUGACCGCACAUCCUGUCACGCAGAGGUUUUCGCGGACGCAUUAGGGUUCGUCGAAACCAGAUUGGAGAAUCACUGCCAGGGCCUCGGGAAAAUGUUCGUCGAGUCUUCCAUGUCUGACCAAACUGUUUCCGCAUACUACGGUGUCGUAUGUGCCUGUUCAGUCGUAUGUGGUAACAGUAAGCAGAACCCUACUCAGUUCCCGUGCAGAGUCGUAAGAUUAAGUUUGCCAACGAGGAAAAUGACGGACGCUGCACUGGAUGUGUUCCUUUGCCUACGGCACGCUUUAGACGGGGGCUUCAGACACUGGUCGCAAUUUCAUUUCCAGUCGGCUUGACUUUAACAUGCCAUUCGUUUGAAAUCGGUGGGAUAGGUUAAGGACGUCCCAGUUCUUAGUUUCCUCUCCACAAGAAACCAAACCUGUCUUCGAACCACUUUGGCGUACUAUGAGUCAUGGAUUGACAUGUUUUCAACUUACAGUAAGUGGGCUAACUCAUGAAAUGUCAACCGAAAUUCCGAAAUGAGUUUCCGUUUCGAAAAGAUUAAUUAAGUAGGGUGGCAAAAAUAAUCAGCCUGCAACAUAAUUCUAUAAUAUUUCAGUUUCCCCAGGAUGCCGGCUUUCGAAUGGACUUCCUUCCGGCUGAAUGCAAAAACCAGACUCUGUAAAAAAUGACUUCUUAGUUAGCAUGCAUUUUUCUCAUUGAUUUUCGAUCCCGCUAAAUGUCUAAUUACAUUUCAUAGAAAACAUGCAUAAAAAUAUUCAUUUUUCUGCUCAUUCGGUGGAUAAUUACGUUUUCUAAUUUUAUGCUCAAAGGAAGGAUAUAAUUCGGUUUUAAAAAAGUUUCUACUUGGGGGACUUUUAAAUACCGUGAAAUGACCACUCAUAAAUCGUCAUAUCUCUGCAUUUACCAAUGUGGAUUGUAAAGUUAACAAUAUGGAUCAAAUCCACUGCGAAAUUUUAUGAACCCUAUAUGACCCCUCUUUAUUACCGUAGAGAAAUAUGUGGUUUUCCGUAGACGGAAAAUACAUGGCUUGUAGUUUUGAAACCCUGUGUCCAAGUGUGACGGUGGAGCGGGUUCAAAAUUAUUCGGGAAUUGGAAAAUUUUUAGAAAAUCGAAUUAUACUCUUCCUUCGAGUAUAAGCUUCAAAGACGUAGUUUUCUACCGAAUGAGCAAAAGACUGGAUAUUUUUAUGCAUGUUUUCUAUGAAAUGUAAUUGGACAUUUAGGGGGAUCGAAAAUCAAUGAGAAAAAUUCAUGCUAAUUAAGCAGUAAUUUUUUACAGAGUCUGCUUUCUGCUUGCAGCUGGAAGGUAGUUCAUUCGAAAGCCGGCAUCCUGGGGUAACCGAAAUAUUAUAAAAUUAUGUUGUAGGUUGACUAGUUAUACAACCGUACUUAGUUAAUCUUUUGGAAACGAAAACGCAUUUCGGAAUUCUGGUUGACAUUUCAUGAGUUAGCCCACCUACUGUAUGUGAUAAACAGACGAUAUGGUCUGAGAGCCAGCCUGCAAUGACCCGUGUUUAGUUUGACUAUGUGGCAACUCCCACAACUGUGGGAUGGGAAUGGGUGGUGUGGUUCGUAUGGGUUGGACCGCAGCACUUGUUGAGUACGCGUAAGCAGGGGGAAACUCUGGUUAGCCAUUGCGUUCAGGUCCAUCUCCAGCCACACCGAGCUUAUGCUCCCGUUGUAACGUAACUGAUGAACCAAAAGAAAGUGAAGUAGGUGACAUGAAACUCUCCGUCAUUAUACAUUCCAUUUAACCUGCAAGUUAGCGGCGCCUCCCCAGAACGUUGUGACCCUGGCUCAUUUUGGGUAGGGAACCAUGAGAAUCAUUGCCAGCUAAAAGAGUGCGUCUGGGGUGUUAGGAGUAAAUAUUCAGUGCUCACUCAGGAUACAAAUAAAUUUGACCUGAAUGGAUGAAUGCAGGUGAUGCCAUGGCAUGAGGAUCCUGCAGAUCGCACCGAAAGUAAGCAGCUCCAUCUUAAAGUUACGAACUGUCUAAAAAUCACCGGUGCUCCUCAGGGCGUGAGCCACACUCCUACUAGACCGGUAGACUGACGGUGGGUUAAGGGUUAACACUCAAAAAUUCCCGAUUAACCUUCUAAUUUUUCCAAGAAAAUCUUACUUUACUCCUGCCUUCGUAGGUCACUGCAACAUCCUACUGGUACGGAGAGGGACAACUGAGGUCUCAACCGAACAUAAUUUUUGUGUCCACGCAUUCCCUUAAUCCAUAUGCCCCGAGUGACGAAAAUCAUCGUCAAAGAGGUUUAGGUAAGAUAUUUUCUAGGUUAAGAACGAGUUCUUGUUACCCCAGAGGACUAUAACAAUUGAAAAUUAAAAUUCAAAAUCACAGUCUGCAUUUUGCAAACUCGGCGUCAGCUAUCUUUUUUAAAAGAAGGUCUCCUCAGGAUAAUCAUUCUUUCUUACCAAUUUUUUUAUCGAUUUGAUGCACAUAACUUGAAACCUCCCACUGUUCUGCCAAGGAUCGUUUGCCUCUAUGAACGCCAAUACCCCGACUGACGAUCAUUGCAAAUGUUCCGCCAUGAACGCGGUUGACGACCGGUUGGAGAUCCGGACUCCGGAAAUAUUCCAGGGCGAUCUUACUGCAACCGUGCUGUUUAAAUCAUUCCCACGUAAGUACUAAAACAUCAUGAGUAAUCGUUACUUGCGUGAGACAGCUUAGAGCCAUUUUUCACUCAUGUCCCUUUAUGCCAUUCAGGCGACCCACUUAGGUAGGCUACGCAGUUGGCAUCGUCGUUGGUCGAUCAACUAACCCGACUCUUUGUUCACACUUCCAGAUACGGAUAACGGAGUUUAUCAGAUCGAGUGGUUUCCCCAGGUCUGCAUUGACUCCCACGAGAGCACCGACUCAAUCGCGAGCGGGAUGCUGACGGCCACUGUGCGGGUGAGGAGUUAUUUAUUAUUGUGCGUUCAUGUGUUUGCACACGGGGCGGCUGGGCGUCCUCCCCCUGUCCUCCGCUUUUCCCCUACCUACUCCCCGCCUCAGUUUGAAUGCAAACACGCCAUUUCGACUGCCUGGUCAUUCGGUUUUCCAGACAUGCUCAACCGUCGCACAACGCUCCCACCGCAUGAGGGCAGCGGCGGAUGGGGAGGGAGGGGCUGCGCGGCGAGGCAGCUGCAAGCCACCUUAUGUCUUGGCCGCCGAUGAUAACGGCUGGGGCGCAUGGAGGGAGUGGACGAGGGGUGGGAUGGGGGUGCAUUAUUACUAUCAUCUGAGAGGACGAGGUUAGGCGAGGGUUUGAGCGCUGUGUGUUCGCCACGGCAGAACAGGAGGGAAGGAGGGGCUGCACGCCACAGACCGCAUUGGCUCAAUCAGUCGAAGCAUGUUAUGCUAAUCUCCAGGGUCUAAGCAAAGAGGUUACUUUGUUCCAGUUAUUCGUCGCGCUUAACAGACUCGCGAAGGUAGACAUUAUUUUCUUUGCUCAAAAACUUCGCAUAGACCUCUCCCCUUCACCAAUGUUGCAUUUAUGUCAGUUAAGCGGAGCAGAGCUAUAAUCUGACGGAUUUGUAUGUGGAAGGACAAAAAAUGUGCGCAGAAAGCGGAAAAGAAAGGGACCUUGUGGCGUGUCGUCGCAGUCCUUACUAAGUCGAUAAGCUAUUGUCGGAACUUUGAAUUUUAUGCAACAGAGGGUCUCAGUGUACCAAAAACAAUGAAAAUGUAUUUCACGAAAUGUGCAAGCGGGCAAGACUCGGAUAUUGCGCGGCUUUCGACGGGUAACGAUUUGUUUUCGUAAAAUAAACGAGUUUAAAUAACAAGUAUUAACAAUGUGGAAAUGAGCCUAUCUCACUCUGCAUUCUCCUGUAUGGAUCAGUAUCAUUCCGCUUUUCACUCCAAAUCUUGAUUGCAUCAAGUUCGUCUGACUAAAAUCCAACAGGCAUGUUACAACUCCAUUCUAGAAGGGAUUUGUUUACGUCCCAUAUGGUGAACGUCAGCAAACUAUGUGCGCGCCAUGAACAUUCAAAAAAUUACGCAUGACUUCGAGCUAAGUGCAAUUUUUUAAUGUAGUUCUAACAAACAGAAAAAAAGAACUGCCAUUUGCGACACAGAUAGCCUACAAAGGCUUCAAGCUCAGAGUGAUGUCCUCGCGAAUAAAAAGGAUGUCAAAAGAUAUUGUACAGCAGGCUAACUUUUGUGGUAACUAGGGAAGACACUAUCAAAAUUCGGACAAAAUGCGGAAAUUUACAUCGAUGCCUACACCGUCACUUGCGAUCUCUUCAUUGAUGACUUUUUCUUCAAGUAUGGCGAUCUUAGUUGCAAAAAAACACCUUUAUGAAUAAAGCAUAUGAGUGCUUUUUGCCAGGGCGUACGGAAACUUGAAAACACAUCCAUGUCUGUUUCUAAGAAAACUAUAAAGUUAAGAAUUAAUGUUCACAGGUACAGAUUAUUCCACAUUCUAGGAAUUUCGAUUUUAAGGCUUUCCGAAAUGCAGGCUCGACAAUGCAUUAAGUUUCAUGGGUAUCGCUUAAUUCUACAAGCGAAACAUGUACCCGUUUCCAAUAUCUCAUGAUAUCUUAUAAGCAUCAAUAUGACUGCUCGUAGACACAAAAGGUCCUCAGGAAAUGUGCAAGCCAGGAAGUUAUGAAAAUUCACGAGAGUGCAAAAACGCACUUCGCAUUUCUAAAGCCAUUUUCCUCCACAUCCUAAAACACUAAUUUUUAAUAGACGCUAACGGUUCGCAGGGUGAUCACAGGAAUUGCCGGUAAGACACAGGAAUAGGAACCGCCGAUAAUACACGCAGCCUUGAGCUAAAUUGGCAGAAGGGCACCUAUCCCGGUGUUCUAACUCUGACCCUAAUCCUGACCUUGAUCCAAAACCUACCUAAAGUCUAACCCUAACUCUGAUACUAACCAUGAUUUCCUUGGUAUUCAGUGGAAGGUCAUCUGCAUUACGAGGGUUUCCCAUUCCCGUUUCUUAUCGCUUCGCCUUUCCCUAAUUCUCCCUACGGCCAGUAGCUGCCACCACACAAGCAUGUCUUAAAAUUUACGAAAAUAUAGAUGCUACCUUUACAAUGAUUUAUCUUUGGGUUAAAUUGUCGUAGAGGGAAGAGUGAAAUUUUUUAACCUGCGCGCAAUCAUGUCGGGUUACAUGAACUGGGCUGGGGUUUGGUUGCAUACUUAGGAUUGUGACAAUCAAACUGUAGAUGGGCUGUAACAUCUCAAGGUAGCGUCUCAUGACCUCAGCGCGUACUCUAUGUCAGGAGCUGAAUACAAGGGCUUUAUUAUCGUUCUCGAAACAAUAGCUCUUUGCAUGUACCAAUAUAAAAAAACAACUUCAGCCGCUGAGACCUUGGGGAAGACAGACCAACUCCGGAGUUUCGUACCGAACGAGCGGCGUAUACCCAAUUCAUUAUAAGAGUUCGGCGUUUGGGUUAUUCGAUGUAAAUUAGUGUUGCAAAUACACAAUCUAUAAGGACGGUUCUCUUAAACUUCAAAAUUCACUCAGUCUUGUGCAAUAGCGCUUGUGUACUCUGUGGAAAUACAUUUUCUUCCUCUUCUCCUUUUCUACUGCUAUUACUACGACCACUCAACUAAGGGAUGGUUUGUAUUCUUAAGACCAACAUUAAGUUAGCUUAAAAACAAAAGUCUGAUGCAGCAUCGGAAAGGUUAAAUGUUGUUAAAUCAGGAGAUCUUUGUCCCGCUGAUGAACCAACCAUUGAAACCGCCACUCACAAGUUGCCGCACAGGCAGUGUAAUUUCAGGGGGGGGGGGUGGAACAUGGUGUUAUUUAGGAAAUUUAGUCUACGUAGCUUAGGAACGAGGAAUUCCGCGAAAUUAACAAGGUAGCUUUUCCUGUUAAUCGUCGACUUUCAUAAAAAGAAAAGACCGAUAGCCUGCAAAUGUUCGAGGGCUCAUCGAGUAUUAAUCAUUGGGAGUCUCUUUCAUCUAUCCAGAAUUUCCGAGGCAGCUAUCAACACCAAGUAUCUCACAGAUGAAGCCGUAUCUUCUCAAAAAAUAUUAAAUUGCCAAAAUUUUCGGGGGAGGGGGGGGGGAAUGUCGAUUUCUGAAUUUACCUAUCGACAGAGGGUAAACUCUGAACGGUAGUCUUUUUCAUGCAAUAGUUAAAGCACUUGAUGCAUCAUGUUUAUCGAAAUAUAAAAUCCUGCAGAUAAGCACCGCAUUAGCGUCCGCUCUUCUUCGGGAACAUUGAGAUCAACUUUCAUUUUAAAAUUUCUGAUGCAGAACUCGCUUUUUCUUCCACUGGUGUUAUUUCCACUGGGCUAGCACCCCUGGAAAAAAUAUCUGAACAAAGUAGAAAUGAUCAUCACACGAAAAACGACAAGUAGGUUUCGGAAAGCAUCUUGGCUGUAAAUUUUAACUAUUGUGGUCGAAAUCUGCGUAAAGGUUGCUUGGAGUGAAAUUGGAGUUUCGUACCAUAAGGAUAAGUAUAUACUCAGCUUCGAUGCUGCUGCAAAAGAAUGGAUCAUAGUCCCACUUUCAAUGUCACUGUGGACAAUACUGCUUAGACUGGCUGAGUAUCAUAUACCGAUUGUUACCCUCAAAGUCCCGCUGAGUUGCGCUUGUCUCAUGCAAAACGGGCUGAAAGUUCACCUGAUGGAGAUGUUUACGGUGAUCGAGCCCAUCGGCGGCAAGAGCCGAAAGCCCUUUUGUGUCAAAGAAAGAACUGUCUGAUGCAUUCAGAUUCAAUCAAACCUUUUAAAACAUCUUAUUGUAUUCCCCAGAAAAAAAACGAUCACUCAAAUGAACGAUAUAUUCUACAGUUUGCUCAAAAGCUCAGAUAUUUUAUCGAGUUCAUCAAAAACAAACACCCAAUAUUAGUGAUCGCUGUCUCAAAAAAUAAAAUUGUAAAAGUCUUUACACUGCAAGGAUACGACUUAUCUAGUCAGUCCUGAUGGUGGUACUAAUAGUACCCCUCGACGCGUAGCACCUUUAACAGAGUGUCUGAUGAAAACUAUUUGCUGUCUGAGUGAAAGUCAGCCCCAUUUUCAACUGAUUUAUUUUUGACUUGCAACUUUACAGAGCCAUUAUUUUCGUCUGACAAAGCUGAAAUUCAACUGCGUCUACAUUGUUCGAUUGGUGGCAAUGGACCCAGAGGACCGCGGUCCAACAAGGCUAGACAGUCAGCAAGAAGUCGUUACAGCCUGCUUCUGUACUGGUUCGUGCAAAAAAACCAAAAGGACACUGCUCUCCGGGGCCUCGGAAUGUCCAGAUACUGGUAUGCAAAAUUCCUUUCCCACUCGUCCAAGCUUAGAAGAAGAGGAGGAGGCAGACGCUCACUCACUUCCCCAUCGGAGCUGUUGAUUUCUCUGGGGAAAAAUAAGCGAGGGCGCACUUUCAUCAGACUACACUGACUCUUCGAAAUUGAGAAAAAGAGGGGGGAUGACGAUAUUUUGCCCUCUUCGCCUUGAAAAACCGCAGGCUACAUUGGUGCCGAAGUUUAAACAGAAACAUAGUGGUUGACUGGAGAGUUACACUUGAGUAGCAAGAUGAGUCGAGUAAAACUACGGUCUUAGAGGACAAAAACCAUGCCGCUCUCUCAAGUGACUGAGCAGCCCAGUACUUGGAUUGGGGAGGCGAAGUUACAGAAGUCAGUUAGAACAAAUGUUGAGUGACCAGUCAGAAGGAGUCUCUGCUGCUUGCCAAAUAAUUCUUACACAACGAGAGCGCAGAGUAGUAUGAAUUAUUGGUACAAAUCUGGCGCAAAAUGAAACUGGAUUUAAGAGGAAGUUCUCUCUUAAGGUGGUGUUAAGUCCAAAAAUAGCAGAUAUUCUGUCUGAGCGCCAACUAUCGCAUUUGCCUGGUGUUUUUAACGUUUUGCGCAGUGCAGAUUGACAAACGAUCUUUAGCAAGAUUUUAAAUGAACCAUUUUACUUGGAUUACCUUUUAAACCUUAUUCACGAGCGACGUAAUGCGAAGUGACUUUAUACAUGGUGACAGCUUUUAUUUUGAAUUACCUAUUUAGGUAAAGUACUGAUGAAAGUAGGACUACAAAUCUAACUAGGCCUAUUUAGCCCAGUGAGUCCAGAUGAAUAUGCAACCUUAGUUGCUACUCACUAAACGGCUGAAAAUGAGUUGAUCCUCAUUUUCAUAAAAACCUGUGCCUUCUCCAGGCGCCAUUAAAAAAAAGAGCAGUACUUUGGUCCCUAUAAAGUUUGCAAUUAGGAACAGCCUUAAGACCCUCUCAGGAUUAUGUGGCACGUUACCAUUCGCGGGCUUAUUGAUGUUACUUGAGAAUUGUGUCAUUGUGUACAUAUUCACUGCAAUAUACCAUAAGUAUCAAAAGGAGUCACUAUGGGAGCACGUAAGGUAGCUUUUGAGGAAAUAUGCAGCAUAAACUUUAUAGACCUGAGGAAAAAAUGAAGAUAAAGGUUUAAUUUUGAGAAGAGGCGAGCAUUAGUAACAUUUUGGGCAGCAAAGUACGCCCUGCUUUCAAGGGCAAACAUAAAAGAGGACGUUAUUGCCCCUGAAAGAAAUGUAGGGACCUAGGUUUCGUACAUCCAUUCUUGCAAAUGCAAUGAUUACAUUUAUAGGGGCAUUCAAAAGAAAUACGUAAGCACACUACAUAAGAAGUAACUUUUUAGCUAUUGUGAUUCAAACAGUUGGCUGCAACAUGCCCAUUAAGAGGCCUGUACCUUACCCUGUAGGAAGCGGCUUGGUGAUUUAUUCUCGGCCAAUCCGUUUGUUAGCACUGCCUAGAUAAUAUCUUCCCUUCGAAUGCAUAUGGAAAAAUUUUAGCCGAUGAUUCAUGAUUUUAAGCACAUGCCGUACUUUGACAGGGAGUUCAUUGGUGAUUUGAAGAAGUUUAAAUAAUCCUUUGUGUGAAGAGGAAUGAUUCCUUCAAUGAAUUGCCGUACGUCAGGAAGAAGUCUACGCAAAGUUGUACUUAGUCUUAUGUGGUAGUGAUGUUUCGCCAAUCUUUUUGCAGUACGGAACAUGAUUCUCCUUUUCGCCCUGAGUACCACUCUGAUGCCCUCGGUGGUGGUGGCAUGACGAUAACCAGUCGUUAACGCAGAAGUAUCAUCAACGACGACAAGCGAGACUGGUGUGGCUGUUUCUGGUUUAUGUGACUUCCAUGUAAAUGCGAAUAUUUCCAACAGCAGUCGACACUAUGUGCGCCCAUGACUCAGUGCUAGACCAAAGAGCCAGGGCUUGAGUCCGGUUCAUCUUAGACCUGGAUUUGCGAUAUGGAUAUUAGUCUGAACGCCGGUUGCGCCGCUGUCAUUAGAAAACAACAUGAACUACCUGACCUCCGUACCGCAUUAAGAAGUGUUUAUGACGCAUUCUGACUGGCAGACUUAUUCCUCCCGCCUCCCCCCCCCAGAACCAAUGACUCUGCUUCCACCGAAAAACGUUCAAGUCGAACUAAGCGAUCGCAGGCAUCUGGACUAUCGAGUCACCUGGUUACCACCGGCGCUUCCACUCAGCGUCGUCCAAGACGAUGCCUUCACGCGCUACCGCGUAAUGUGGGCUCCGCGAAAGGAGGAGCCCGUAGACGCCACCACGUACAACGACAAGGCCGGCUUCAGUCCCAUACUGGACACCUCCAGAUCUGAUGUGCGUGUUGUUGAAAAGGUGGGUCAUAGGGGCAGCAUAUUUUGUUUUGGCAGAUCGGUACUCCACUGGCCAUGUUAAGAAUACGACCAGAGCAAUCAAAGUGACUGUUCGACUGAUAACUUUUGGUUACAAUUGCGAGGAAUUUCUGAGAAAGACUACUAAUAAUACCAACUCUUAAAUUGUGAAUCUUAAAACAUUGAUGCGGUAUUUGCUUUGGCGAGUUCACUCUGCAGCUGACAAACCAAAAUCAAAACGUCAGUAUCUGUGGAGGAGUGUGAUAUUUGGUUGUGACGCAUACUGAAAUACGCAGCACUGACUUAACAGUAAAAAACUCCCAGGUUUCUUUAAAAAUACAGAGUUAUCGAGGUAACAUACUCCGUCAGUUUUAAUUCACUCAAAGCACGGGGUUUGAAGUGGCCCCAGUUACUUUAGGGGAAAUCAAAACCCUAGAUGACGGAGUUCAUAAGUUCGAAAGGGAUUGCCGACAUGGACGCUGGAAUAGUCCAUUUCGGUUUAUUUGCAAUCCCCUGUCCAAUCCAACUUUAAGCUGCAAGCCCGGAGUCUCGUCCCGGCCCAGUUGAUUGUCGACGAAGGCUCUCAUCCACGAGCUGGUAGUAGAUGACUGCACAUUAGCCAAACCUAGUCAUUUCAGUCCUCCGGUGUCUAUCGUCUAUUAUCUAUUGAUAGUCGUCAUGAGACCGACUGCUUGAACUGUAGACUCCGGACACCAAGGCAUUACGAAAAUGCCAGUUUUCCCCCUGUGAUCAUGACAGAUUGAUGCAUAUCCCCCCAAAGCGCGUUUACGCACUGUCAGCUGCGACGGUCACUAAUAUGUAUUGAAUGUCAGAUGGGGUAAAUUAUUCCUCCCGAGUUUGUCUUGCAGUCUAGAACUAUGAACAAAAGCUAACUAAAAAGCCUCCUGUUGUCAUUCCAGCCACCCCUGUUCUUCUUAAAAGUUGUUAAAUCAUUGGCCAUUGUUCAUAACCAGAUCCUAUUUCCGCUGCUGUGCUGGGAGAAACACCUCAGGUCCGGAAACCUGUUCGGCUCAAAGUUAACGCGCUUCUUUAAGCAGAAGAUGUUAGGUCCUCUAAGGGCAGUCAGGGAAAAUUGAUUCAUUAGCCUGGGGAAUUAUAUAAAGUCUGCACGACCCCACUUUAUCAUUACGGAAUUUUCUGAAAGCCAUUUUACGGUAUGUACCGUUUUGCCUUGUGGAAAGUGUCUUGAAUAAAAGUGAAAAUUUGGAGUUAAUUUGUUAUAACUCUGUUCCACCGGUUAGUACGUUUUGUCCCACUAUACUGAGUCGGUUUCAAUCUGCGGCAAUAAUAAGUCCAUGAUUUCUGCAAGUAAUUUCACAUUUGCGCAUAUUAGAGUAAAGUGACUGUUACAGGUAUUCAAUGUAAGAUCAACAUGCAUUGAAGCAAAUUAGAUAGAAAAAAAGACAGUAACAUCUAAGAUUUAUUACUUUCUAAGUUAGUAAUAAUGGUCGCUCAGAAAAAGGGCAGAAAGUCACAAAAAAGACGCACCAAAAGCAACUGAAACCUUCUAGGUCUCUUAAGGAAAAGUUGGCAAGUGGGCAUUUUACAUUUGAAACAAGCAAAGUAUCGGAUGAAUAUUGGAUAUUUCGCCUUGAAUUGGUUUUUAGAAUUCUGACCAAAUCUGUGCUCUUGAGUAAAACAAACUGUCGCGACACAUUUCUUGCGGUGGGUCAUGGUGCGUCUGGAGAAGAUGUCGAGAUUAUUUGGAAGAUUCUUACACAAAGGUUUUUAUGCUUUAUAGUCAUUUCCGAACUUACGCACAUUGACCACAUAUAGGCACUCCUGAAUCACAUGUUUGUUUAAAAAAGUCUGUCUUCAUUAAAAAAUCUGAAACUUUCUAGACUGAUUUAAGCCAGUUUUCUGCACUUCGGUUAGGCGAGAGACUUUUGCAAACACGAAUGCCCUUCUAGACUCUUCGAGGUUUCUGCCGAGGAAUGCAGUCGAUUCGACUGUCUCUAUUAACUGUGCGCAAUUCAAGAUCACUAAUAACCUGCCAAGUUUGUCGUGAUGUUAACACGAGUAUGCUAAUUAGUGUACACAAUAGUGGUCGCUUUUUAGGGGCAGAAAUGUCAAGAAAGACUCUUCGAAUUCUCCCUCCGGGCAGAUUUUAGGGAGAGUUUCUCAAUAAAUAAAAUGUACCGCCCCACGGGGGACAGAAAAUUUGGCUUUCAGCAACCAAGUUGUUCACAGACGAAGCUCCAUAUCGGCAUACACACCCAGUAAUACGCAGUGUUUUAAAACUAAAAGAUGAUGCCGGAACUAGCAAGGCAAUUAGUAACACAGAAUAUUUUAUGGGCUUUUCACCCUAGAAAAAGAAUUCAGUCGAUUGUUUUCGGUUAGAGGGUUUUAGUGUUUGUAUGUGCGCCAGAUAUCAGACCUCGAUUCGAAUUUAACAACAUGUUCAGUAAUCAAGAAAUGUAAAUGAACGAGACUAGAGUCCUGAAAACAGCGCAGAACAUCUGCGAAAUACUUGCCUGAAAUUUUAGCCAGUACCUGUGCUGUCAUUAUGGUACGUUAUUCAGUAUGGCCAAUUACCUUUGCGGCCGCGAAGUUGAACUCGUGACCCCUCCCGAGGGUGUGAGCAACCCUUCGCGGUAUGUCGUCGUUCCCUCGCACAACCAGCUUAUGUUGUAUGAAUGCGCGAUCCAAGCAUUCGUUUAGACUGACCUUUGUAGUUACAAGGACUUUAAUUGUCAUCUGGAAAACAUGAUGUGUUGGUAACAACUCUAUUGAGCAUCUACGGUAGAUGUGCUACCUCAAUAAAGGCUAAACUAAAUUCCGGAAUGCGUCAUCGAUUAGGAAAGAUUAAUUAAUUGGUGUCACAAGACUAGCUGUCGCGCAGCGUAAUAACAAGGUAGUUCAAUCCCGUCAGAGGACCGGCUUUUGAACUAAAUUGUUUCCGGCCGCUGGCAAUAACCAAACUAGGCGAAAAGUGACCACUUAACAGUCGGAACCUUCCAUUGCUUAUCAAUGCCCUCAAUAUAUUCAGAUGUGUUUUAUAUAAAACAUGCGCAAAAUAUUCUUUUUUGUGCUUGUUGGGUGUCAUAUUAUGCCCUCUUCAAUUUUUUUUGACGAGAUUGUAUCUUAUGUUUAAAAAAACUUCCUUAAUUUCUAAAUAAUUUUAUACCUGACCUGCCGUUACACCUGCAUUUGGGGUUUUCAAACUACAACCUGUAUAUCUUCUCCGUAAGGAAAAUCACACACUUAUAUAUACUCCUGAGAAGAUAUCAUAUUGGGUUCAUGGAAUUUUGCGAUGGAUGUGAACCAUGUUGUGUACUUUACAAGCAGCAUUACUGAAUGAACGGAUACGAUGUCUACUGGGCAGGCAUUUCAUGUGCUUAAAAAUUCCAUGACUAGAAACUUUUUAAAAGAGAAAAAUAUUCUUCCUUCAUGUAUAGAAUUUGAAGAAGAUUUAUUUCGCUAUCAAAUGAGCAGAUGGACGAAUAUUUUUGUGCAUGUACUCAAUACAAUAUAUUGGGGACAUUGAAAAUCAAUGAGGGAAAUUCGCACUAUUUAAGUAGUCACCUUUACAGGGUGUAGUUUUUGCAAGCUGCCGGAAAGAGACCCGUUCAAAAUCCGGCAUACUGACGUGACUGAAUUAUCUUGUGACUAUUCUGCACGACAUUUAGUCAUACGAUCCUACUUAAGUAAUCUUUUUUUUAGCCGGAGACACAUUUCAGAAUUUCAGUUACUAGAGGUUUUUAUGAUAAACGACUGACGUGACGUUUUCAGCAUGUAUAUAGUCGUGACGCUGUGUGCAAUUUCCGCUGCAGGAAUUAUUGCACACCUGUGUACCAAUGUUUGUUUUUAAGAUAACUUGACCUUUACACACGUAACCUCUUAGAAUCAAACCUGGAUCAUUCUCCCGAGGUUACGGCCAAAGACAUUCUACAUUCUUCGAAUCCAAACACUCGGUUCCCCCGGCAGAGGGCGUGAAAAAGAGAGCAUACCUGUUGUUCACUACUUUAUGACUCAUGACGCCUUCCACGCCGACAGACGCAUUUCUCCCCACCGUAAGCCCCGCACACUUAUAAACCUGAAUAAAUUGCCUAGCAGCGUUCUUUUAUCUUUAAAAGCCUUUCGUGGGCAUGAACCUGAGGGCGCAAAAAUGCAUGCAAUAUCCUUGUAGGAGCCGUUGCGCAUUAUAAAAAGAAGCUGUAUUGAUGGCGUAACAAUCAACUGAACAUAUGUAUGCGUCGCAGAAGUUAUAAAAUAUUCGGUAAAUCCACGCAGUUCUACCAUGGACACUUUCAGCACCCAACGUCUUUUAAAUGUUCUUGCAGUAACCCGCAUGCAACCUAGACCAGCUGAGCGUACAGCAUGUAUUUAGGGAAGCCAGCUUGGCUUCGUUCCAAUCUACUGGUCAAAUCCAUAGAAGGGGCCCUCUGAUUUCAUAAUCACGCAGUUGCUUAAUCGAUCGAUCAUAAGUGGUUCCUUUCGAAGUAUCUUUUGUGAACUCUCAUCGGUUAAGCGAAAACGACUGUUGGAGAAGCAUUUGCUUCAGUUUUUCACACUGGCCAAGUUUCUAGAAUUUUAUAAAAAAACUACUAUGUAAAGUUCACCUUAGAAAAAGGACCAUGUUGAUAAAAUUGGGUUUAAAUAACAGCGGAGGAGGCUUUUCCGAUCAGACUCCCAGCCCCUCCCCCCCAGUUCUGCUGAUGAAAGCAGUCAAAUUCUGUGUUUUGCUUUUAGAUUUUCCUGUGAGACAGACCUCCGGUUCUCGCAAAUGGAACUUACCUCAUCUCCUCUGCCCGGUCCUAUUACUAACCGUAAACGGUUUCCAGCGUUGCCCCUGA